UGACUUUUGCUGUUUGUCUAGGAAAUAGAUUCAAAAGAGCAAAAAGAAGAUGUUUUAAACAAUAAAUUAAAGGAUACACUGGCCAUGUUGGAAGAGACUCAGAAAGCAAAGAUGUCGGAGAGUCUCAAAGCAGAGGGCCUCGCCUUGAAGUUGAAGGAGACACUGGCUGAGCUGGAGACAGCCAAGACAAAAAUGGUCAUGAUGGAGGAGCAGAUGCAUCUGCAACAGCAGACAGUAAAGACCUUCCAGGAAAAGCAAGAAUCCCAGAAAUAUGAGUUUGAAGAAGAAAUCAGGCAGUACAAGGAACAAAUCAAGCAACACUCACAGACCAUCGUGAGUCUGGAAGAAAGACUCCAAAAAGUGACUGAACACCAUAAAAAAAUAGAAGGAGAGAUUGCAACGUUGAAAGACAACGACCCGGCUCAGGAGGAGAUACAGCAGGAGGCUCCGGCAGCACCCCAGUCCAUGGACAACACCAAAGAUUCCGUGUGCGACCACCUGAU